AAAAAAAAAAUGCUUUUCAAUUACGUCUUCUGCUUCCACUUUCCACUCUCCAAUCCCAUACGGCCAUACUCUCUUACUCCAAAAUCUUCACUCUUCGUAGCUUCGUUAAUUCAACUUCCUCGACUUUCUUGAAGCUUCUUCUUUGAUUUUCUCGUUUUUUCACUUGAAACCGAUUCACCGACGCGUUGUCUUGCUGAUUUCGAGCAGCGAAUUUGGGUAUAGAGGGAGAAUAUGAGUAAUUCCAUAGGGAAUAACUUGCUGCACCAGGGAUUCCUUACCUCAACAGUGUUGGAACAUAAAAGUAGAAUCAGUUCUGCUUGUGUUGGAGGCAACUCUUUGUUUCAACAGCAAGUGAUCUCCCAAUCGCCUUUAUCAACUGAAUUUCGAGGUAACAGGUUAAAGGUGCAGAAAAGUAAAAUACCUAUGGGAAAGCAGCGUCCUAUUUCUAGUUCUCCUCAGGCUGUACUAACCACUGAUGCUUCUUCUGAGCUUGCAGAAAAGUUCAGCCUAGAAGGGAAUAUUGAGCUACAGGUUGAUGUUAGGCCUCCCACUUCAGGUGACGUGUCCUUUGUGGAUUUCCAAGUUACAAAUGGCAGUGACAAAAUGUUUUUGCACUGGGGGGCAGUAAAGUUCGGGAAAGAAACAUGGUCUCUUCCAAACGAUCGUCCAGAUGGAACCAAAGUGUACAAGAACAAAGCACUUAGAACUCCUUUUGUUAAAGCUGGCUCUAACUCCAUCCUGAGACUGGAGAUACGGGAUGCUGCUAUAGAAGCUAUAGAGUUUCUCAUAUACGAUGAAGCCCAAGAUAAAUGGAUAAAGAAUAAUGGUGGUAAUUUUCGUGUCAAAUUGUCAAGAAAAGAGACACGAGGCCCUGAUGUUUCAGUUCCUGAGGAGCUUGUGCAGAUCCAAGCAUAUUUGAGGUGGGAGAGGAAGGGAAAACAGAAUUACACCCCUGAGCAAGAGAAGGCAAGUAACUUUUUCCUUUAGUCCUAGACCUUUCUG